AAUGUCCUAUGCCUCGGAACCACGAUGAAAAGCUCGAGGUAUCGACGAACGAUGACGAUACUGGCCGCGCUCGAGGCCUCUUCCACGAGCAAACGUAAUGGCACGGGCGUGUACGAGGACGUGGCUAUUUUACCGGGAUACAAUGUCACCACGACGGCGAGCGGCGCGGCCAGCAAGACGAGUCACUUCGAGACCGAUUUGCAUGGGAAUGUUAACAUCCUUCUCGGCGGGGCGAUGCUCAGCGGCGUGAUUAUAGUCGUCUUCUUGAUGUGCUACUGCUGUCACAAGAGCAUCCGGAAGAACCGACCGCAAGAGUACCCGCAGUACUGGAGGACGGAACCGGACGUGCAUAGCCUCGAGGUCUUCACCACGGAAGCGCACGCCGCUUGCUGCGAGAGACAGUCGACGACCGAUGGAAACCAAGACGAGAGCACCUACGGUGCACUUUCCUGCCCCGUCACGCCGAACUCUGGCCCUGGACCACCUCCGACCUACGACAGCCUGAUCUUCGAUCCGAAGAGCUUACCCAAUUGCAUCGACAAGAAAGCCGAAGGCGCAGACACACCUGGAACCAUCAUUCCUUCCAUGGUGUCCACGUUGCUGAGCCUGAGCACGACCGUGAGACCCACGGAAUGUAACGAGGUCGCAGAGCAAGAAACCUCCGACGAAGGAUUGCCUUCUUACGAGGCUGCCUUAAAGCUAGACGCGAGUGGCUACGUCUAGCACGUGAC